AUGGCGCACGUCAAGUUCUUUCCUAUGCCAGGCCUAGUGCAGGCACAUUUGGUCGCCAACUGUGUGGUGAUGCUUAUUGCCAUAAUUGUUGUCGGAUUUCGAGUUCUGGGACGCUUCCUCGGAAUCGGUGUAGGGCUGGAUGACUAUAUCAUCAUGUUUGGAACUGCUGUAGGGAUAACUCUCUUGGCGUUGAACGGGCUUUGGUGUACAAUUGGCAUGGGCUACAACCUCAAACCGACCGUCCCAGAAUAUCCAGACCUACUAGCCAACAUGGGUACAGUCCUUCAGGUCCUAUUUGGAUUUCAGAUACUAUACCUCUGGGCGCUGGCGCUGGUGAAGCUGUCUGUCCUCUUUUUCUACCUGAGAGUCUUUGUUGAGCCACGAACCAAGCUAGCUGUUAAGAUUACCAUAGGAAUUGUUCUGCUAUGGGCUGUAGGUCACACUCUGGGCAUGGUAUUUGCGUGCAGUCCUAUUCCAUUUCAGUGGGAUCCAACUAUUGUAGGGGGGUCUUGCGGAAACCUCAUCACUCUCUACGCCGUUCUGAUCACCACCAAUAUCAUUACGGACCUCAUGGUCAUGGCUCUACCAAUGCACACUGUAUGGCACCUAAAGAUGCGGAUGGCAGAAAAGGUCGGCCUGACGGCUUGCUUGACCCUCGGUCUCGCUGUGGUUGCCACGACUUGCGCCCGACUUGUGAACGUAUUCAAUAACGAUAUGCGAGGCAAUCUGAUCGGCACAAUGCCCACCACGAUCUUCCUUUGCGUGUUUGAAGUCAACCUAGGGCUCAUCUGCGUCAGCAUCCCGGGGCUACGCCCAUUUUACAAGCGAUACAAGAACCACAAGUCCUCGUCCAAGAUCUCAGGCUACACGGCAGAUGUCGAGAGCUCCUUCAAGGACUCCAAGGGGAGCAAGAAUCGUUCGGAUCCUGGGAAGGUCGGCACCUCCGCCUACGCUGUGAGCAAAGGUCCUUCUUGGGAGUUAGAGACUUUGGAUGGUCGAAGAAUGAUGGACCAGGCCGGCAUGACCUUCUACAAAGAUAACAGUGCUGGGGAAGGUGAUAACAGCAAUGACAGUGGCUCUGAGAAGAGAUUGACGAAGGGGGGCUCACUACAGUCUUCUGCAAUUGCGAUAGAAACAAGGUGGGCUAUUACUCGGGAUUAA